AUGAAGAUUGCCCCUGAGAAGAUCCUUAACAGGCGAAAUUUAGUGAAACACUCAGGGAAGCAUUCUGUAGUCCGAACCUCCCACACAGUUUCUGUGUGUCUCUAUUUCCAGGACAACUGUUCCAGUUUCCUCACUCCAAUAUUAGAGAAAUAUUACCUCUCACCAGUGUAUGGUCUUGAAUUUUCCAUUGGCUUCAUUGGAAACCUUGUGGUGGUCCUAGGCUAUAUAUUUUGCCUCCCUGCUUGGAAGUCCACAAAUGUGUACCUGUUUAGUUUGUCUCUGUCUGAUCUGAUCUUCCUGUGCACUUUACCCGAGCUGUCAUAUAACUAUGCUUUCAACCAGAAGAAAUUCAAUUCUUCACUGUGUGUGAUUAAUCGCUACAUCCUUCAUGUGAACUUGUACUCUAGCAUCCUUUUCAUGAUGUGGGUAAGUGUGGACCGGGUCUUGUUGCUGUGUCACCCACAGCGAGAACACAUCCUGUUGAGUCUCAAGGCAGCAUUAUGUAUCACCCUCUUGAACUGGAUCUGGGUGAAUGCUCAAAUUGCUCCCCUCAUUGUCUUCAUUAUGCAGGACUUGGAGGAAAAUGGUUGGACUGUGUGUCGUGAUUUUGCCAGCCUGGGAGUUGCCAGAGUUACUCUAAUCUAUAGCCUAGUGCUCACCAUAAGUGGAUAUGUGGUGCCCCUGACUGCUUUGUUUUUAUCAUCACAAAGAAUGGUUGAAGUUCUCAGGAAAAGAGAGGAGAUGCGCGGCACAUCCUUCCAAAGACCAGUAAAAAUUGUGAGGUGCGCAGCAAUCAUGUUUUUGGUGCUCUAUACACCCAUCCAUGUAAUGAGGAAUGUGCGUAUUGCCUCACGGCUUCCAGAAUUAAAAUUUUCAUCAUGUAUCGUAGAUUACAUCAAUGCAGGUUACAUAGUGACACGGCCAAUUGGAUUUGCUCACAGUGCCGUCAACCCUGUGUUUUACUUUCUAAUGACAGACAGCUUCAAAGAAGCACUGCAGGACAAGUGGAGGCAAGUGAAAAGAAUGCUAAUGACCUAUCAAGCAUAG